AUGUCGCUCAACAUCUUCCGCGUCACCGCGGACUUUAGCCACUUGGCUUCUAUCCUCAUCCUUCUCCAUAAGAUGACGCAGUUGAAGAGUUGCGCCGGCAUCUCUUUCAAGUCGCAAGUCAUCUACUUCAUCGUCUACGUUACCCGCUAUCUCGACCUCUUCUGGACCUCAAGCUACUACAACCUCGUCUUCAAGAUUCUCUUCAUCGCCUCAUCCGGGUACAUCAUCUACCUUAUGGUCAGCGCCUACAAACCCACGAACGAUCCCGGGCUCGACACCUUCCGCGUCCAAUACCUGCUGGGAUUCGCCGCCGUUCUCGCCAUCCUCUUGCCCUACCAGUACAACUUCUGGGAGAUCAUGUGGGCCUUCUCCAUCUGGCUCGAGUCCGUCGCCAUCCUUCCGCAGCUCUUCAUGCUCCAGCGCACCGGCGAGGCCGAGACCAUCACCACCCACUACCUGUUCGCCCUCGGCAUCUACCGCGCUCUGUACAUCCCCAACUGGAUCUACCGCUACGUCACCGAGCCGAAGCACAAGAUCGACUACAUUGCCGUUUCCGCGGGCAUCAUCCAGACGUUGCUGUACAGCGACUUCUUCUGGGUCUACUAUACGACUGUGAUGAAGGGUAAGAAGUUCAAGCUGCCUGUUUAA